AUGGCGUUAGGCCUUGAUCAGAAACAUCUCAAAUCCUUGUUUCGCAAAGGCCGGGCUUUCCAUUCUCUUGGAGAAUAUAAGUUAGCUUGCCAAUGCUUUCAUAGAGCUCUGGAGCAAUCCCCAACAGCAAAAGACAUCCAGAUGCACUACGAAAAAUCAAAAGAACUCAGCUAUCGGAACCAGCAAGGUAAGUUCGAUCUCUCUGCCUAUUUCAUAAACGGUUCUAAUGCGCCUGAGUUGAGCAAUUAUAUUGGUCCCGUGCUGGUUAAAAAAUCAGUAGGGCGCGGCAGAGGAUUGUUUGCCACUGACAAUGUAGAUAUUGGAGAUUUUCUGCUCGUGGAGAACGCCAUUGCAUCUAGCUGCACCAAGCUAACAAGAUUGAAAGGAGGCCCUGAAAGAGUCAUACCUUGUAUGAUAGAAGUGAAGGCAAAACUUGGUCAUCUUAAACGGGAUUUGGAGGCUAAAAUCAUUUCCUGUGCAGCAUCAUCUCCGAGGAUAUUACAGCAGCUAGAGUACCUUGCUGAUUCAGAUGAAAUGAAGGUGCCACCCAUGGAUCUGUUCCGGAUAAAUAAUGCCAGCUGGAAUAACUACGAUGUUUGCAAUCAAGGUUGGGAGCUAGACCAGCAUAAACUUGCAAAGAUAAUGCGAAAUGUGGCGUGUCAAAUACAAACUACUGAAUCAAAUAGUGAGCUGAAUAGACAAAAUGAGCAAUAUGGUUUGUGGGCACUUCCCUCUUUCAUUAAUCAUUCCUGUUUUCCCAACGCGAAUUGCAUUGUUGUGGGAGAAGCCAUGUUUAUUAUAGCUGCAAGAAAAAUUGCAGCUGGAGAAGAAAUAACAAUCCCUUACUUUGAUACUCUUUUGCCAUUCUUCAGACGAGAAUCGGCAUUUAAGGAAUUUAAGUGUGAUUGUAAGCGGUGUAUAUUAGAAAGAUCCCUGGUAUCAUCUGAAGCAUCACCGUUGCAGGAAAUUGCUAAACUCGUUGAUUCCAUGGACGCCACCAUGCUCUCUGAUCUUGAGCUAUGGGCAACUGCUAUGCGAGUAGAAAACACCAUAGACGCCCUGACAACAGAAGAAAAGCAGAUGAUAAGAGCAUCCUUUUUUCGUCUCUAUUACAAUAUUUUUGGGUUACAGCGCGUUCAUCCUUAUGCCAGGACAACUUUGCCUUCUUUGAGGGAAGUAUUCGAUGGCAUCCAAGAGGUUGUUCCAGGGAAUUGUAUAAGCUUUGAGUUGUUUGCAAAUUUUCCCGUUUAUGCCAAGAGUGAAGCUGAAACAGGCAAAGUUCUUUUUCAGAAGGCAUUGGAAGUAUGCACAACAUAUAUGGGAAGGCACGAAGAGGACCAUCUAAAAGCUGUAUUGAACACUGUUGCAACAGACGUCUUCAAACCGGGACUUACUGUGUUCGGUUUAAGUGAUUCAAUAGUUAAGCUUCUCUUCUUGGAGCAGUAGCUGUGGUUCUUUCAGUAAAGAUGGGCAGAGCUUUUCUUUGUUCUUAAAAUUAUAGUAGAUAUUAUAUUUGACUUGUAAAUCUCAGAUACAGAAUAUAAAAGUUGUGCUGCAUGUCGGUCUCAUAUGUCCAGCAUAUAUGGGUAUGUUAGUGUAACAUAUAUAGGUAAACCUAAUAGACGGCAUUAGUUCCAUUA